GGCCGCUAGAAGAUGCCAUUGAAGAGGAAGAAGAAGAAUGUCCAUCAGAGGAAACAGACAUCAUCUCAAAGGGGGACUUUCCACUGGAGGAAAGCUUUUCCACAGAAUUUGGGCAAGAAAAUCUGAGCUGCGAAGAAGUGGAAUACUUUUGUAACAAAGGUGAUGAUGAAGGAGUCCAGGAAACAGCAGAAUCAGAUGGGGACACACAGUCAGAGAAACCAGGUCAGCCUGGAGUUGAGACAGACGACUGGGAUGGACCAGGAGAGCUGGAGAUGUUUCAGAAAGAUGGAGAACGAAAAAUUCAGAGUCGGCAGCAGCUUCCAGUAGGAACCACCUGGGGGCCAUUCGCUGGGAAGAUGGACCUGAAUAAUAAUUCCUUGAAGACAAAGGCUCAGGUCCCGAUGGUGCUGACUGCUGGUCCCAAGUGGCUACUGGAUGUGACUUGGCAAGGAGUGGAAGACAACAAAAACAACUGCAUUGUGUACAGCAAAGGGGGUCAGCUUUGGUGCACGACUACGAAGGCCAUUUCUGAGGGUGAAGAGCUAAUUGCCUUUGUGGUGGAUUUUGACUCAAGGCUACAAGCUGCCAGUCAGAUGACUCUUACAGAAGGGAUGUACCCUGCGCGCCUGCUGGACUCAAUUCAGCUGCUUCCUCAGCAAGCUGCCAUGGCUUCUAUUUUGCCUACAGCUAUUGUCAAUAAGGAUAUAUUCCCUUGCAAGUCCUGUGGCAUCUGGUAUAGGAGUGAGCGGAAUCUGCAAGCCCAUUUGAUGUACUAUUGCAGCGGGAGGCAAAGAGAAGCUGCCCCUGUGUCAGAGGAGAACGAAGACAGCACUCCUCAGAUUUCCAGUCUGUGCCCCUUCCCACAAUGCACCAAGAGCUUCUCAAAUGCCCGAGCUCUAGAAAUGCACCUCAACUCACACAGUGGAGUGAAAAUGGAAGAAUUCCUCCCCCCUGGUGCUAGUCUAAAAUGCACCGUCUGUAGCUACACUGCUGAUUCCGUGAUCAACUUUCACCAACACCUGUUCUCCCAUCUCACUCAAGCUGCCUUCCGAUGCAAUCACUGCCACUUUGGCUUCCAGACUCAGAGGGAGUUAUUGCAGCACCAGGAGCUCCAUGUCCCUGGCAGCAAACUUCCGAGAGAAAGUGACAUGGAACACUCUCCAAGUGGAACGGAAGACAGCUUACAGCCAGCCACAGACCUGCUGACCAGAAGCGAACUCCCCCAGAGCCAAAAGGCCAUGCAGACUAAAGAUGCGAGCUCAGACACAGAGCUGGACAAGUGUGAGAAAAAGACGCAGCUCUUUCUCACUAACCAGAGGCCUGAGAUUCAGCCUGCAACAAAUAAACAGAGCUUUUCUUACACAAAAAUAAAAUCUGAGCCCUCUAGCCCAAGGCUCGCCUCAUCUCCAGUUCAGCCUAAUAUUGGAACGUCUUUCUCCGUGGGACCCUUUCUGUCUCAGUUUGCUUUUCCCCAAGACAUCACAAUGGUCCCUCAAGCUUCAGAGAUCUUAGCCAAGAUGUCUGAACUGGUGCAUCGGCGACUGAGGCACGGAAGUAGUAGCUACCCACCCGUAAUUUACAGCCCUUUGAUGCCCAAGGGGGCUACCUGUUUUGAAUGUAACAUAACAUUCAAUAAUUUGGAUAAUUACCUAGUGCACAAAAAACAUUACUGCAGCAGCCGAUGGCAGCAGAUGGCCAAGUCCCCAGAGUUACCUGGUGUUUCAGAAAAGAUGCCCGAGGCUGUGAGUCCCAACGCGGGCCAAACCUCUAUAAACCUUCUCAACCCAGCCACUCAUUCUGCUGAUCCCGAGAAUCCGCUUCUUCAAACAUCCUGCAUCAGUUCUAACACUGUUCUAGAUUUAAUUGGGCCAAAUGGGAAGGGCCAUGACAAGGACUUUUCCACUCAAGCUAAGAAGCUCUCUACCCCCAACAGUAAUGAUGAUAAAAUUAAUGGAAAACCUGUUGAUGUGAAAAACCCCAGUGUCCCCUUAGUGGAUGGGGAGAGUGACCCAAAUAAGACGACCUGUGAAGCUUGCAACAUUACUUUCAGCCGGCACGAGACAUACAUGGUCCACAAACAGUAUUACUGCGCUACGCGCCACGACCCUCCGCUGAAGAGGUCCGCUUCCAACAAAGUGCCUGCCAUGCAGAGAACCAUGCGCACGCGCAAGCGCAGGAAGAUGUACGAGAUGUGCCUGCCUGAGCAGGAACAAAGGCCUCCCCUGGUCCAGCAGCGGUUUCUUGAUGUAGCCAACCUCAGUAAUCCUUGUACCUCCACUCAAGAACCCACGGAAGCGCUGGGAGAGUGCUAUCACCCGAGAUGUGAUAUCUUUCCAGGAAUUGUCUCAAAGCACUUGGAAACUUCCCUGACGAUUAACAAAUGCGUUCCGGUUUCCAAAUGUGACACCAGCCAUUCCAGCGUCUCCUGCCUGGAGAUGGACGUGCCCAUCGAUCUCAGCAAAAAAUGUUUAUCCCAGUCUGAGCGGACGACCGCCUCUCCCAAAAGGCUGCUGGACUACCACGAGUGCACCGUGUGCAAGAUCAGUUUCAACAAGGUCGAGAACUACCUGGCCCACAAGCAGAAUUUCUGCCCGGUCACCGCACAUCAGCGUAGUGACCUGGGUUCGCUUGACAGCAAAGUGUUUCCAAAUCCAGAGAGUGAACGAAGCAGCCCUGAAGUUGGUUAUGAAAGAAGCAUAAUAAAAUGCGAGAAAAACGGGAAUCGGAAGCAGCCUUCCCCCAAUGGAAACUUAUUUUCCUCCCACUUAGCAACCCUGCAGGGCCUGAAAGUCUUUAGUGAAGCCGCUCAGCUCAUCGCGACAAAAGAAGAAAACAAACAUUUGUUUCUUCCGCAAUGCCUUUACCCCGGAGCAAUAAAGAAGGCCAAAGGAGCUGACCAGCUUUCUCCGUAUUAUGGAAUAAAGCCAAGCGAUUAUAUUUCGGGUUCUCUGGUCAUCCAUAACGCUGAUGUGGAGCAAAGCACAAACGCGGAAAAUGACUCUCCCAAAGGCCAGGCUGCUUCCAAUGGGUGUGCGGGGCCGAAGAAAGAUUCCCUGCCGCUGUUGCCCAAAAAUCGAGGCAUGGUCAUCGUGAAUGGGGGACUGAAGCAAGACGAGCGACCUGCCGCCAACCCGCAGCAAGAGAACAUUGCCCAGAACCCUCAGCACGAAGACGGUCACAAGUCUCCCUCCUGGAUCUCUGAGAACCCGUUAGGCACAAACGAGAACGUCUCACCGGGCAUUCCUUCCGCAGAGGACCAGUUGUCUAGCAUAGCUAAAGGUGUGAAUGGCUCUACCCAGGCUCCCUCCAGUGGCAAAUACUGCCGGCUGUGUGAUAUUCAGUUCAACAACCUCUCAAACUUUAUAACUCACAAGAAGUUUUACUGCUCAUCACAUGCAGCAGAACACGUCAAAUGAAAUCACUAAAUAAAUAAGCAUCCAUCACCUUUGGUACCAGUGUUUAGUAUGUUGUUCUACCCAGUCCAGAAAAAAA